AUGGCCAUUCUCCUGUAUUUUCUGGAAGCAGAGUGCGGUGUGCUGCUACGGCGGAUGCUGACGCCAGCGGAGGUCCUCCUUCUGCUGCAAGUCAGCAGGUCCUCGAACAUGAGAAGACUGGCGUGGGCCCGAGCCGUUCUGGCAGAUGUGGCCAGGCUACGCAGGGUCUUGGAACCCUUGAGGACCAUGCGACUGCGUUUCCCCGGCUUCGAUCUUCCCGUGAGCAUCAGAUGCACGAAGGGCUGGACUCCGCCAGAUCCCUCGGACCCACUGGAGACCUUGGGUCCCGUCGAGGAUCUGCUCUAUUGGUUGGACGACUUCGGGCUCGGAGGGUUCUCACCCGCCGAAGCGGUGCUGGUGAUGAACGCGUGGCCGAUAGAGACAAGGGACGCGGGCGCGGCUUUGAGCGACCUGCUGGAAGAAUCGGACAGUCACUUCUUCUACUCGGCCAGGCCUGCCGCCUUCCGAAGGACAUUCCGGCCCACGCUAGUAAACGUAGUCGUCUUUUUCACUUACAGAGGUCUGAACACCGUCCUUCAAAUGCAAGACGUCGUCAAUGACGGGAGCAAGUCCGAAGUCGACUCUAUCCAUCUGUGUCUGUUCUCGAGUACAGGGCAUGUCGCAGCCGCUUCAGCGUCAAGCAAGAAAGCACGCGCAGGCUCCACUCGGAUCCCGUCGCCUUGCAUGUCGGGCAUCGACUACUCCAAGUGGGACCUGCUUCAAAGCAGCAGCGACGAGGAGGACUUCGGGAAACCCAUCCCGCCGCAGUCUCCGCGACAGCCCAUCACGACAGGUCCCUGGGCGGUGGCCGAUCCCUGGCGCAAGUGCAAUAAUCCACUAGUGCGACGUGAAGUGCUCAGAGAGGAGAAGAUUCUCCACAGGUUCGUGCAAGAGCACCCCUGUCCAUCCGAGAAAAGCCUUCGGCGCUGGCUUCGCAGCAUGAGCGGCACGGAGAGAAUCGUUCCCGGAGAGCUGACCUUUGCAUGGGUGAUGAAAGACAUGGGGUGGAACUCCGAGCACUUGGCGCAGUUCCACUACCCGUCCUUCCGGGAGCUCUGGCAAGCGGCGGCCUUGCAAACGGCCGAGGCCUUCACGGUCCAACGCAAUGCGGGCAGCACCCUGUACCAGCGCGGCGGCAAGGAGUGCAUGCAGUUCAACUUCUACGCGCUGCAGCACGCCAUGUGCGGAGAGCAUUUUCACACGGACGCCCCACUCCCCGUGUACUCGUACGCGAAACGCCUGGAGCACGUCUGGGACGGGAUCGGAUCGUGGCGAGCGUAG